AAAGGUCAAACAUCAUGUCCAAAUCAAUUACGUCAUGAUAAUGUUAAGAGUUUUAAUUCUAACAAGCCUUAAAAGGUGCUGUAAGUGAGUUUUGCCCUCCUGGAAUGUCUACCAGACUAGCCGUUAAAUUAGCUACGCCCCCUCUUUUGCAAAACUGCACUCCAAAGAUGCAAAAACACAAACACACUAGAGACUGCAUUGCGUUGGAGCCUAUGGAGGGGGGUAGCAUUUUGCCAUCCAUAACCGUUUCACAGGAACAGGACACCGUACCAGCACUUAUACAAGCAUAUAAGGACAACUCUGUGAAUGUGCUCUAUGAUUUACAGGCAGCAAGUAUUCUGAUUGCUAAACAAAUGAUCUGACCAUGGAUAUCUGUCCUCCACUGUCUACCCAGCCUAAGGCUGUUAUCUGACAGUUUCACCAGGGAUGAACUGCUGAAUAUUCGGCACAGCAUACCUGAUAAUUUUUUGCAAGCGUUUGAUUAUUCUGACGUUUUAUUAAGACAUCUUAGCUGGAGACACAGCGGUGAUCUGACAAACGAUCCAAAGACGCAUGCCAGUGAAGCGAGCCGGCGCACUUGUGAAGCUUAAUCAACGCGGCUUUAGGUCUCUGCUGCAGAGUAUUCAUCUGGCGAAUGUCCGCUCCCUUGCCAACAAAACGGACAAACUGCUUCUGCUCAAACAAAUGAGGACUUUUCUAACUCCGCUGCUCUGUGAAGCUAUCCAGGACAGCGCGUUACAUCCGCUGGGCUUUUAGCUGUUCAGAGCAGAUCGCAUUGUGGAGUUAUCGGGGAAAACGAGAGGCGGUGGAACAUGCUUUUACAUCAACAAAAGUCGGUGUACAGAUGUAACAGCGUUGAAGAUGUGCUGUUCAAAUUUAGAGGUGCUCUUCAUCAACUGUAAGCCUUUCUACUUGCCACGGGAGUUUACCUCAUUUAUUCUGGUGAGUGUUUUGUCCCGCCACAAGCAUGCAUGAAUGCAGCAUUGCAUCAGUUGGCUGAUCACAUCACAGACACCGAGCAACAACACCCGGACUCACUUAUUAUUCUGGGAAAUUUUAAUAAAUCUAACCUCACCCGUGAACUGUCAAAUUACAAACAACACAUCACAUGCCACACCAGAGAAAGAAAUAUAAUGAACCACUGCUACACCACUGUAAAGGAUGCAUAUCGCUCUGUCCCACGUACAGCUUUAGGACUCUCUGAUCACUGUUUGGUUCAUCAUCUCCCGACCUACAAGCAGAAACUAAAAUCAGCUAAGCCUGUAGAAAGGACUGUAAAUAGGUGGACCAAUGAAUCAGAGCUGGAACUACAAGCCUGCUUUGACUGCACUGAAUGGAGUGUUUUUGAAGCUGCAGCCACAGACCUGGAUGAGCUCACAGAUAAUGUGCCAUCAUAUAUCAGUUUCUGUGAGGAUAUGUGCAUCCCUACUAAGACAUUUGUAUCAUUCAAUAAUGAUAAACCAUGGUUUACAGGAAAACUCAGACAGCUUUUUCAUGCCAAAGAGGAUGCUUACAGAAGUGGGGAUAAAACAUUGUACAACAAGGCCAGGAACACUUACUAAGGAAAUCAGAGUGGCUAAAAGAAGCUACUCUGAAAAGCAGAAAAAGCAGUUUUCAGCCAAAGAUCCUGCAUCUGUUUGGAAAGGCCUAAAAAGCAUCAUCAAGAACAAGACACCUCCCCCUCGCUCUGUAGAGAGUCAACUAAUGGCUGAUGAACUGAAUGUGUUUUACUGCAGGUUUGAAAAGCCCAGUCUCACACCCCUCCCCCACUCUGAUCUUCACUUCACACAUACACACACUGGAACCCCUCCUCAUGCUACUCAAUCUGCACUUAUGAUCUGUGAGGAAGAUGUGUGCCAGGUCUUUCAGAAACAAAAGACUAGGAAAGCUUCAAGCCCAGAUGGUGUUUCACCUGCCUGUCUGAAAGUCUGCGUGGGUGAUCAGCUGGCUGUCUGGUGCGGUCACAACAACCUUGAGUUUAACACGCUCAAAACAGUGGAGAUGACAGUGUACUUCAUGAGGAAUCCCCCGUCACUCCCUCCAUCCCCCAUCCUGAACAGCACUGGAGUCAUUCAAGUUCCUGGGCUCUACCAUCUAUCAGGACCUAAAGUGGGACACCCACAUAGACUCCAUUGUGAAGAAGGCUCAGCAGAGGUUGUACUUCCUUCGCCAGCUGAGGAAGUUAAACCUGUCACAGGAGCUGCUGAAACAGUUCUACUCGGCCGUCACUGAGUCUGUCCUGUGUACAUCUAUAACUGUCUGGUUUGGUUCAGCCACCAAAUCAGACAGAAGGACACUACAACGGACAAUCAGAACUGCUGAGAACAUUCUUGGUGCCCCCCUGCCCACCCUCCAAAAUAUGUUUCUCUUCAGAGUGAGGAAACGUGCAGGUAGAAUCACUCUGGACACCACACACCCUGCCCACUUCCCUCUUUGAACGGUUGUCCUCUGGCCGGUGCUACAGGGCACUGAGCGCCAGGAAAUCCAGGCAAAAGAACAGAUUUUACCCUCAUGCAUUUUCCUCAUGAACAAUUAAUCUGCCUCAGGACUCCCCCAUUGUGCAAUAAUGUAAAUACAUCUCAUGUACAUAUAAAAAUUCACAUAUUUAUUUCAAUAACUGUACAUACCCCUACCUUGCACUUACAUUACCACUUGCACAUGUAUAUAUGCCAUUCUGUUAUGUGUCCUAUUAUUUGUAUGUCUAUUUAGACUUUUACCUCGUUUCGGUGUCUCACUUUGUAAGUCUCUUACAUGUUGUGUGCACUUGUUUCUCCUAUCACCAAAAAAUAUUCCUUGUGUAUGUGAGAACACUUGGCAAUAAAGCUCAUUCUGAUUAUUCGGAGCCUCACUCUGUGUAUCUCCGGCCACAGUGAAAUCUUAUUGGUCCAAACUCCUGCUCUACAUAUUAAACAUCACAUAUUGAAUGAUUUGUUGUGAUUCUAUCACAGUUGUUCAGUUGUUACUUUAUGCAGCAUUUUGGCUUUUUGUGAAGACAAAAAUUAUAAAACACUGGAGACUUGUUCCACUACAACUGGUUAGGUCACAGUGUCAAAGCCAACAAGCUAAAA